AUGGGCGACGAAAUCUUGAAAGGUCCUUCUCAUGUCACCGAUUCUCGCAACAGCAUCGAGUUGGCCAACACGGUUGCUGUGAGCGAGAAACAUGGUACACAUGGCGAUGAGAGAGACAUGGAGCGUAUGGGCAAGAUCCCUGAGCUAAGGCGACAAUUCAAGUUUCUGUCCAUCUUUGGCUUCGCUGUAAUCCUUGGCAACACAUGGGAAUACUCUUUGAUCGGUAUCGGCAUCUCUCUUUUCAAUGGCGGCCCUGCUGGUGGUAUCUGGAUGCUGGUAGUCGUCUGUACUGGCAUGUUCUUUGUUAUGCUUUCAUUUGCGGAAAUGGUGUCGAUGGCCCCAAUAGCUGGUGGGCAGUAUCAUUGGGUUUCGGAAUUGGCACCAAGGAAGCGCCAAAAGUUUCUCAGUUAUGUCGUUGGAUGGUUGUGUGUCAUCGGAUGGCAGGUCGGCAUGGCUAGUACGGCUUUCGCGGUGACUCAACAGAUCCAAGGCCUCAUCGCCUUGAACAUGCCGUCGUAUGUUAGCCACGGGUGGCAUGGCACUCUAUUUUCCAUCGCUAUCACCAUCUGCUCGAUCGUAUUCAACACUAUUCUGGUGAAAAAGCUUCCACUGAUGGAGGGCAUCGCACUUGUCCUCCACAUUUUCGGAUUCUUCGCCUUCCUCGUUGUGCUAUGGGUCAUGGGGCCGCGUUCUGAUACAAGAAGAACAUGGACCCAAUUCGAAGACCCUAGUGGCUGGGGUAAUACAGGCCUUGCUACCAUCGUUGGGAUUCUCGGUCCUAUACUUACCCUGGGAGGUGCUGACUUAGCCGUACAUCUGGCUGAAGAAGUCAAGGACGCCGCUUGGGUCAGCCCAAGAGCUAUGGUAGCCACAUCUGUCGUGAACUACUCAUUGGCCUUCAUCAUGACAGUCACUGUCUUCUCAACAUUAGGCGACGAUAUCACUGUGCUCAUCUCCACCCCACUUGGUCAACCCUGGAUCCAAAUUCUAUUAAACGCAACUGAGUCGUUAGUGGCCACCAACAUCAUGACAGUAGUCGUGUGUCUAUUGCUCCUGUUUUGUUCGGUUAACCAAGUGACGGCCGCAUCGCGUCAGCUGUGGUCUUUUGCCCGAGAUCAAGGGCUCCCAUGCUCAGCUUGGCUUUCCUACGUGCCUCCAGGGUGGGAUAUUCCUGUCAACGCGGUAAUUCUCACGCUUUUAUCGACAUCAAUCUUAUGCCUCAUUAUCAUCGGCUCUACGUUCGCCUUCAACAUCAUCCUAUCGCUGAGCGCUGUUAGCAUCUUCAUCUCCAACAUCAUCGUCAUUGGCUGCAUGCUAAGAAAGCGCAUCCGUGGAGAACCUCUUCUUCCCUCCCGGUUUGACCUUGGUAAGGCGGGAAUUUAUAUCAACGCCAUCGCUGUUUGUUAUCUUUCACUCGCCGUUGUCGUAAUCCUCUUCCCGUCUGUACCGAACCCGUCUUUAGCCGACAUGAACUGGUCCUGCCUUAUGUUCGGUGGUCUUGUUAUUUUCUCCAUGGUUUACUACUACCUUUACGGUAGGCACAAGUACGAUGGACCGGUCGAGUAUGUCAAGCAACAGUAG